UCGCAGCCGGGAUCGAGGGAUUGGGAUGACAAACGAUGACAUUUGGCGUUUGGUAUCAAAGAUCCUCUAUACUGUUCCUUUAACACACGACCAGAAUCAGAGCCUCGUGAAUGGUGGACCUCGACCGACUUCCGGGUCAACAGGAAAUGACCCGCAGUCUGAACCGACCGUAGUUACGACAAUACAGGCGCACAGAAACCUAAGCAGGGCUGGCCUUGGUUCGGAAGCCGCAGUGGUGCUGCCUUCCUGCGCUCCACAGCCGUGCAGGGGCCGAGUCCCAUCGGCACACCGGGCCUGACGGCUCUGCGAGGGGAAGAACGGCACGCUCGAGCCGCUGCGAGAUUUCAUGUGAUCCGUUGUUCGCUAUAAAGUGUGAUUGGCUCCGUGUGCCUUCGGUUUUCGGUGUGCUCGUGAUGUAGGCUGGUAAUCCUUCUGGAGGACGGAGCGGUGGAGUGUACAUUUCCACACCUGUAGAGAAAACAAAGUGAAAGAGGCUUCUGUACUUCAUGUGCCCAUUAGCGUCUGCUUGGCAAGAUGAGUACAGACAGACCCAAACGGAAUAUCAUCAAAAAAAAAUAUGACAUCAGUGACGGGAUGCCUUGGUGUGAAGAACGUCUGGUCCGCAAAGUUCUCUUCCUCUCCCUCAGGGAAUUCCGAGACACACACCGUGCCUCACACAUACACACGCGCGCGCACAAACGCACGGUGAAAAAGCCACUCUUACACGCUCAGCGAACAACACAGACCCAGAAAAACACGCGCACGAGACAGCGCAUGCCGCAGCGCAGAGUCACACACAGAGCACCAAACGCACAGAAAAACGCACACGGUGGCCAGAACAUGCACGUUUCAAAACACCUACGCCCUCAUGAGCACGCCGACAAAGGGCCAAAAAUGAACUCGUCUCAGGACUCGCACACGCCAAAAAAUAAAUGCACUCACACACUACAGAACAUGCAAACCCAAUCAACAGCGUGGGCAGGGAAAAUUCCACACGCUGUACAGCAAACCCACCUCCAAGAAAAUACUCCGACGCUACAAAAGAGUUCUGGAUCAACCAGGACUCUGCGCUCACAGAAAACGCAGAACACACAGUCGAUGCUCGACACGAAAUACGCGGAAACUGCAAAACACACACACGCUCCUCGGCACAAACACUCAGCGAAGACCACCUGCAGUCCCGAGAGCACACCGCUGAGCCCCCCUGUCCCGGCCAGGACACUGCGCUCACACACUCCUACAAGCCUCAGCGGCCCCCGGGUUAAUGGCAUCAGCCGGCGUCAGUCCCUGCUGUCUGCUGGUCCCAGCUGGAGCUGGUCCUUACAGACACGGCCUCAGCAGCGCCGCCCCGCCAGCAUCCAUCGCCACAAGGACGACCCCGCCAGCAAGAGACCAAGGCUGCGAGCGCAGAGGAAGUUUGCCCAGUCCCCCCCCAGCUCUCCUGGACCUGGAGUGUCGAUGACCACAGCCCGGAGUAACCACAGCCUGGCCGUGGUCACCUGUCUGACCAGGUGCAGACCCAAGACUGAGGACUUCUUGUCUUUUCUCUGUCUGAGAGGUUCAGCAGCGCUGCCUAGCAACAUGGCUUUCGUAGCGAGUGGACGAGCCAAGGGGCCAGCUGGUGCUCGGCAUCUUACUUCCUGUCUUUCCACCAAUCACAGGACUGCAGCGGAGGGGAAGAACAUGAGCUUAUUCAGGAGAACAGCAGUGCAGCGAGACUCUCUGAGAGCGAGGCCCGGAGGCUCCUUCUGCCCUCUAACGGCCCGGGAACAGAGGAGGAGGGAGAGAGAGAGGAGAGAGGAGGAACAGCAGAGGAGGAUGAGGGGAGAGGGAGCUGAGAGACACCUCCUGAGACCUCGCCAGCUCUCCCUACAGGUCAGCAGGACUAACCAGGUUGCAAUGGUAACUGGACUCGCCGAACAAAGAACUUCCUGUGUCCGGUCAGUUCCUACCUUAAAGCCUGGCACCGGGGCAGGCACCAGACGCUCCCGCAGGCCCUGCACAAGGCCGAGCAACACCUGUAAACCAAGACCCCAGGAAAGCAACAACCAACACCUAUCCCGGCAUAGCAAACACCAGCUGCCUCGCAAUCAGCACCUUCCUCUCCACCACCCAACCGUCUCAAAGUACUAUAGCAACCCCAAGACCUUCGGUAGUGUCCAGAACUCAGGAAGACAUUCAAGCAGGACUCCAGCCCAAAUAGCAUUGACUAAUGGCACAGUCAUCAGGUCGCUAAGGGAGAGCCCUGGUGUCCUGAGGUUGUCCAGGAGAAAGAGAGGCCUCCCACCAGACACCAGCCCUACCCCUCCGAAGGACAGCAACUCAUCGAAGAAGUGCAGGUCAGCGCAAUACAAUGAUGGCGAUGUCCCACCGGAGAGUGACUGCCAUAUUGGUGAGAUCCCACAGAGGGAGGCCAACUGUAACGAAGAAGUUAGAGUGGAGGACGUGAGUCAUAUUGGUGAUCUCGCUGGCAGCCAUGAUGAAGAACUUAGACAAGAAGGCAGCUGUGACCACGUUGGAGAGAUGAGACUGGAGAGGGACAGUUGUAUUAGUGAAGACCUACAGGACAAGGGCAGUGUUGGAAAGUUAAGUUUGAGCAGCGUCUCUGCUCUUGAGCCCUCUCAGGAAGGGGUCAAGUUCACUAACAUCAUCACCGACUAUGACCUGAGCCCUGUAACUGAGGUCAUAUGCAGACAUGUGAGAGACAAAAGGCUGCGGAGAAAUCAGCCCGCUUCAGCCACGGUCCCUACACUAAUAACCAGGACUACUGAAUCUAGGACUGUUGCCAGAGCUGCUGCUGCUGCUAGGACUACUGCAACUAAAGCUGCUAUCAACUCAGUGACAUCCAAACACAUACACACUGACCCACCAGCAAGUUCUUCUGCCAAGCACACUGCUAAGGCUACUAACAAAGCUACUAGUAAGGACAUUACCAAGUGUACUUCACCAGCCAGCAGGUACUCUAUCCAUAAUUCCAAAGGUGCUGCAAAGGACACUUCCAAGGGGACCACAGAGGAGUCCACAAAGGACUGCACACCUGUCAGUAGCUACUCUAGCACUUCCAGGGGCUCUACAAAGAGCCUUACCCACACCAAGUGUACUACCUCAGCCAUUAAGACCAGGAGCAGCCCUAGAACCCUUCAGAAGCGCCGACAAACCUGAGCUACGUCUGGAAACGUUGACAGAUCCACUGUUUUCUAUAUUGAGAAUUGAUGUUGAAGACAAUUAGUAAAGUAUUCAGAACAACAUUGGAUACUGUUGAUCAUAAGUGUCGCAUGAUGAUGGUUGUUGGCUGGUUGGAUAGUGACGUAGUGUGCUGUUCUCUACAUGUGUCAAUGAUUGUGGGAACAUUUUAAUUCUAAAGGUCAAAUAAAUAAUUGGAAGACAGCAUAAUGUCAGGCCCGCUGUAUACUGGACUGUAUAGUGAAAGGCCACUGUUUUCAGAUGCUUCCCUGCUGAAUCUGAAAUUGCAGCUUGGUAUCAUAUUCACAUGGAAAAGGCACUGGUUUUAUUAAAGCACAUAGUUUAACUUGAGUCGGCCUGUAUAGUUUUCAGUAGCUUAACUAAGCCUGUUUUAACAUACGAGUUUCCCUUUCACACAUGUUACGCACAACAGGAGAGUUUUCACUUCUUGGAAAUCCUCAGUUUGGUUUAGGCGAGGGGUGGCGCCUGGCUAGAGCGCACAGGAAGCAGGACGUGAUGCAGAUUACACCGUGGUCACAGAGCCGGUUCAUAAUUUGGUCGUAAACAACGGAGUCUCUUGCCUUUUCUUUUAAUAUGUCAGACCGUCACCCAUUGGUUUGUGGAAUUUGAAGCCUCAAGUUUGAUGAUACCAGAAGUGACCAUAUUUGGACAAGAAGGCGGAGCUUGGGACGAUGACACGGCUAAACGCUAAGGAGGAAAAGUCGCUGAUUUUCUACCGGCUGACGCAAAAUCAUCCAGGGGGGGGGUUUUUCUUUCUUUUAUUUUUAUGCUGCCGUUUAAACAGGGAACUCCGGAUACUGCCGCCAUUCAUCUGCACGAAAGGCAGCACACAGAACAUCAGCACUGACUAGAUAAGUCUAGGUUUGCAGUGCAUGUGUGAAAGGGGCUCUAUGUCUGAAAGCUGUCAUGCAUACGGCUACAUACCACUGCUCUGAGGCUUUUUGGCAGGUCUUUGGCAGUCAGGUCACAAUACAGUUCUGCCAUUUCAUUCAAACCGAAAUAAUCUGUCCAGGAUCGUCUACGUAGAGAACCUAAAAGUCCUAAAGGUUUCUCAUUUAUAAAAAGGAAAGGUUCAUAUUUUUUUCAAAUACAUUAUGUCUUGAAACAAUAGUGCCAAUAUGAACAGUGAAGCAGGUUUUUUACUACUGUAAUUGUUCCUCCUGAAGCUAAUCUGAGGGCUCAGCAGUCUUAGUCAAAUAAAGUGGGCAUCUUUCAAAGUUGCCGUUUGUAGUAUGAAAUUCUAUAUUUGUGUUACUGUCCACAGAUUAGCAAGGAAACACUGUGAAGGGAGCCAAACGAGGGAAUUUUGUUCACAAUAGGCUGCAAAUAUGAAAGAUACCCACUUGAUUUGUCUAAUUCAGACAGCUGAAGCCUCAUAUAAACUUCAAAUAAACUGUCCCCCUUACUUGCAUUGAGUUUGCCUUAGGGAAGGUUCUCUUAAUGGCCAGUAUGAAUGGGGGGAAAGAUUACAGCAAGCAAAACCAGUUUCAGUGUACAUAUGGGCACGUGACUAUAGUUUUAGGACAGACUUAAAGAAAAGGUGAAUCUCUCCUUUUAGGAAGUCAGUGGCACAAUGGAAACCAUUGGAUCCACAUUGACUCUGGCCUCUAUUACGUCUUCUGCAUAAAACCAACUAAACUGUGUUCACCAGUCUGUGGAACAUCAGAAGGACCCCCCCACAAUAUUCUGGUCUAUUCAAUGGACAAUUGUUUUCAAGUAUAUUUAAUGCGAAGUAUACAGGAAGAAAACAGUUUUUUUAAUAACUUAUUUCUUUUAUUUUCCCCUUCCACCGAAGCCUUUUAUGCCCAUGCUGUACAUACCGUUAACAAGUUUUUGUCCAUGCUUCACUAGGCGUGUAAAAGGGUGUGGAGGUGGCCGUGUAUUGACUUGACAUGUUUAUUUCAGCAUCUGAGGAUCGAUACAUUUGUAGAAAUAGAAGGAUGUGCAUGUAUUGUGAGGCGGGUGAACAACAGACAUAUAAAGAAACGCCUCAAUUAAUACUGUUCACUGUUAACACGGCCAUCAUACUGUAUGAUAAAUGACUGUAUAAGACCCCACGCUGGAUCUCAUGGAAAUGUCAGAAGGUUUUCGGAUUACAUCAGGUUCUAUCAGGUGCUAUUUGCUUGCUCAUGAGAUGAUUUUACGGAGGUUUAAUAAAUGUGAUAAAACAUUA